AUAAACCUAAAAAAAGAAGUAGAAGAAGAUGGUUUCACUUCGCAGCAGUCUGCACGUCGCGCUGGUCCUCACUAUGUGGUCUUAUGUUCUGUCUCGAGGUUUCUGCCAGACUGUGGCGAAAGUGAGAGGCAGGUCCUACCCGACCCUUGGCUCAGCUUUACGGUCUUUUACAACCUCAAGUCCCAAAUACGGAGAAACAUCCGAAAGCGCCCCCUCAGCUUCAGUGGUGAUGUACUCACAGCUGAAGACCAUGUUGUCCAACCGAGACAUUCAGCUGUUUGAUGUGAGAAAUCCUGAUGAAUACCUGGCUGGACGCAUUCCAGACGCCGUUAACAUCCCACUGGGGAACCUGGAGGAGUCUCUGAAGCUGUCCCCUGAACACUUUCAGCAGCUAUUUGAAGCGAAGGCUCCUGGGAAGGACGACGACAACAUCGUGUUUCAUUGCAAAAGUGGCAACAGGAGCUCCAAAGCGCUGGAUAUCGCCCGUCAGCUGGGAUUUAGCAGGGCGAGACAUUACAAAGGAGGGUACAGUGAGUGGGCAGAGCAAGAAGGAAAAUGAACCUGCGCCGAACUCUGUGCUUCACUUCCUAAAUACAGCUAAUAUAAAAGUACAGAGUAUGAACGAGAGAUGCCAGUUACUCUUGAAAUUACGUAUUUUAUUCAUAUUAACAGUUAAUUUAUAGGUAAAUACUACUUUAAAGAUUUAACUUCUUUACCUUGUUAAAUUUCUUUUGCUGCUUAUUUGACCUUUUUAUUCUGUGAUUCAUACCAAGUGCUUGAUGUUGAUUAAAUCAUUUACAAAUUUCAA